CAUUUGGUUGAGAAAGAGCAGAACAAAACCCCACGUUGUAGUGAGGUUGAGGGGAAAAACAAUGGGGUCUCUAAUGGCCUCCGCCACACUCACUCUGCUAUUGGCAAUACUGUCUCUAACCUUGCCGUCUCAAAUCUCAGCUGAUAACUACUUGUACUCAUCACCUCCUCCACCCAAGAAGUACCCACCCGUCUCUCCUCCUUACCACUAUUCUUCACCACCUCCACCACCAAAGAAACCCUAUUAUUAUCACUCUCCUCCUCCUCCUUCACCACCCCCUCCCAAGAAGCCAUACUACUAUCACUCACCACCACCACCACCCAAAAAACCAUACUACUACCAUUCUCCACCACCACCUUCUCCUCCUCCACCCAAGCCAUACUACUACCACUCUCCCCCACCACCUUCACCACCUCCUCCUCCUAAAUACUACUACCACUCACCACCACCUCCACCCAAAAAGAAGCCAUACUACUACCACUCCCCACCACCACCUUCUCCUCCUCCACCCAAGCCCUACUACUACCAUUCUCCCCCACCACCUUCUCCACCUCCACCUAAGCCAUACUACUAUCACUCACCACCACCACCUUCACCUCCUCCACCUAAGCCAUACUACUAUCACUCCCCACCACCCCCACCCAAGAAGAAGCCAUACUACUAUCACUCUCCACCACCACCUUCACCUCCUCCACCCAAGCCCUACUACUACCACUCUCCCCCGCCACCCUCACCACCUCCACCUAAGCCAUACUACUACCAUUCUCCACCGCCACCUUCACCACCCCCACCCAAACCAUAUUACUACCACUCACCACCCCCACCACCAAAGAAGAAGCCAUACUACUACCACUCUCCACCGCCACCUCCUCCAAAGAAGCCUUACUACUACCACUCCCCACCUCCUCCUCCCAAGAAGCCCUACAAAUACCCAUCUCCCCCACCACCGGUGCACCCUUACCCCCAUCCUCACCCACAUCCCCACCCACACCCCCACCCUCACCCUCCCUACGUAUACCACUCUCCUCCCCCACCCCCUAAGAAGCCAUACAAGUACUCAUCUCCACCACCUCCAGUCCACCCUUACCCUCACCCUCAUCCACACCCACACCCUCAACCCCACCCUCAUCCACACCCUCACCCUCACCCUCCCUACGUCUACCACUCUCCCCCUCCACCACCUAAGAAGCCUUACAAGUACUCGUCGCCUCCACCUCCUGUCCACCCAUACCCCCACCCACACCCUCUACCACACCCGCACCCCCACCCUCUUCCUCACCCGCAUCCUCUUCCCCACCCACACCCACUUCCUCACCCCCACCCUCUGCCCCACCCGCACCCUCUUCCUCACCCUCAUCCUCCUUACAUUCCCCACCCAGUCUAUCACUCUCCACCACCACCACCUUACAAGAAGCCCUACAUCUACGCAUCACCUCCCCCUCCUUACCACUCUUAGACGGUGGUCAACUAGGAUAACCCUAUGGAUGUGAAGAAUAUGUGCGACAAAUAAAGAAAGCGAUGGAAAGAAGGGCGUCUGGCUUGGCGAUGCGAUGCACGAAAGAGAAAAAUGGAAGCAAAGUUUCCGCGUUUUGUCUUUCACAAAAAGAUGUUUAAAUUAUUUUCUAUGAUAGGGUUUGUUUCUGCUAUUUUACCUUUAUUUAUGAAUUUGGUGUAUUUUAACAGUUGUAAAGCACUGCGCUCUGCUGCAUCAUCGGUCAUAAUAGUACAACCUACCAUGCUCUGUAGUUUUCAACCAGCUGCGUUUGCAGGGGUCGUAAAACUAUUCAUAUAUAAUUAAAUAAAUUAUAAUCUCUUCUCCGCAA